AUGCAGGUCGAGUGUCCCAUCCCAGUUCUAACCGCUAGUCGCUCGAUACAUUUGUCAAAGGCCGUUUCACCCUCCAAGGUCAAGCCCUCGGUCUCUGCAGCUUCAAUUUUCAAGCCACAACCUCGAGGAGCGGCUAAAGCUGCGAAAGCGCUCACCACUAUUACCAAUGAUGCUCUCGUGACUGUCGAGAAUUCUAGGGUGAAGAAGGCACGCAAGAACGAGGCUUCACCAUCAAACAGCCUUGGAAAAUGGAAACUCGCGCCCAUGAAGAACGGCGAUAGGCACCCACUUGCUGUGGCAUUUAGAGGCACUACCAACGCCUACCGCACCCAGCUAUAUGAGUUCGUCACCACCAGCAUCACUUCUAAACACGAGUCUCUCCAUCAAGCUCUCUAUGACUCAACUGUUCAUUCAGCCUUUGGUCCUGAUCCGGGCGAUGCUGGUGGAUCGCCGCUGAAGUUGUCUUUAUCAUAUCGACUUCGCCAAGUCAUUGCUCCGUUGACUGUGCCUAUGGGUGACUUUGGUCUCCAAUACCAUGCCACGAACAAAGAGACCGGCCAAUCAGAGCUAACAAAGUACUCGCUCAGGGAGAGGAUGACAGACUUCAUGAAUACACUUCGACAGCAAGAAGCUGAGAUCAUACAGCUGCAGGCAGAGUGGGAGGCAAUUCUUGGAGAGAUUUGGAAACUCGGAGCUCAGGUCCUGGGUGAGAAUCUCAUGCGUGAGCUACUCAUCCCUCGAACUUCGCCGGAACCCCAGAAAGAACGCUUCUCCGUACCUGCGGGAGGGGAUGAAGAAAUGCAAGUUGUGGGCGAAAGCUCCAAGGUGGUCAGACCCAAGAAGAAAGUCUCCUUCAAGGAGCCGAUCCCAAAGUUCCUUACUAAAACGUCGAUGUAUCCGCAUUCAGUCUUGCCUCUCCCGAACAUACCCAAAGAAGGAAUGAAAGAGCUAGAAGAAAAAGUUGAUGAUCUGGGUUCUACUAACAUCGCAGAGCUCAAGAAACUGGAGAAAGACCAGCAGGAGUUCUGGACUCGAAAACACCGGCAAAUCGCAACGGCGUUGGGGCAGGAGUGAGCAGCAAUGCGAUUUCCCGACUACCCGAUCCUCGGCGCCUGACGCAAUUUGUUGCAAAUAUGGGCUGCUGCCGGAGAUGCACAGCAGAGCACAUUUAUUUUGGCAUUUCACACGUGAGUAUCUCAGGGUGUGCAUCUC